AUGAAAGAACUAACAUCGGCUCAAGAUGCACUUGAAAAUAUCUUGGAAUCAGCUGUAGAAAGAAUGACCUUAUUCACUAAAUUUGAGAACACAAGUCGUGAGACGAACGCCAUUCUCAAGGAAGUUAACGAGGUAAUUUACGAAUUAAAGAUGGUUAAUGAUGAUCGGUCAUCGGUUAGUUCUUCCAGACGAAGUAAAAAAUCCUCAAGAAGUAAGUCCUCUCGUUCAACCACAGCAAGCACAACUUCAACGGCGCGACAACGUCGACUCAACUUAGAAGAAGAAUUAGCUACUUUAAAGGCCAAGAUGCAUAUGGCUGGAAGGAAGGAAGAGUUAGACGAAGCCAAUUGAAAGGCUUUAGAAAACCUUGACGAGUUAAGGCUUCAACUUCAGAAAGAAGAAACGAGAGUGAAGGAAGAAAUACAGAACGCCACGAAGAGAUUCCAAAUUGCAGAAGAACUAGCAGAAAAGAAGGCAAGAAUUGAUGCCUGCAAAAAAUUCGAAGAAGAGUUCGCACCACUACCUUUGGUAGACAGCGAUGAGGAAAGUUGUGCCCAAGAACGCCUCGCAAGAUUUCUAGGGCUCCAACCGGACAUGCCAAAUGCUGAUAACUAUGUACGGGAAAACACAACUGCUGCCGAGUCCACGCCACCAAAGGACCCGAAAUUAACGCCAGAGUUAUGCCCAUUAAAUCCGUCUACUCCUGAAUUUGUCUCUAAUGCUGUGCCUUCCAUCCCCACAAACCAGCAGGACACUAUACCUCCCGUGAUCGAGAAAAUUGUAACCAACCCUGUCCCCAACGAACCUAGCCUUGUUCAAGCUCAACUUGACGUAAUUUCAAAAUUAUUAGAAGUUCAGAAUCAAAAUCGUCUACCAUUGCCCGAACCUGGAAUCUUCAAUGGCGAUCCCCUCCAAUUUCCAAUUUGGCUAAAGGCAUUCGAGACACUGAUCGAAGGUCGAGCAAUAAAUCCUGCGGAAAGACUCCACUUCCUAGGCAAGUACGUCCCAGUGAGGCGAAGGAACUGAUUAAAGGAUUCAUGCUCUUAGACGGUGAAGAUGCCUAUCGAAAGGCAAAAGAAAUGUUGUCGAAGCGUUUUGGUGAUUCAUUUGCUGUUGCAGCUGCCUUUCGACGGAAGCUCGACACUUGGCCGCAAAUAUCCCCGAAUGACGUACAGGGAUUAAGAAAUUACGCGGACUUUCUAGUUCAGUGCGAGAAAGCGAUGGAAAAGAUUAGUAGCCUGAAGGUCCUGGAUGAUGAUAAAGAAAAUCACAAGUUAGCAUCUAAGUUACCAAGAUGGACAUUGGUCAGAUGGGGAAGACGAGUCUACGAUUGGAAAGAAAAGAACCACAAUUUCCCCCCGUUCUCCGAGUUCGUGAAAUAUCUCGUGACCGAGUCCAAUAUAGCUUGCGAUCCAGUUAUCAGCCGUUUUAAGGAAGACGACUCUAAGAAAGCGAAGGGUCGACCGUACGAAAUACCGAAUCGCAGGAAUCGUCCGAAUCGAGAUGAAUUUCGCAGUCGAAACACAUGCACUCACAACACGAUCAGAAGGAGGAGAUCAGAGCAAGGAAAGACCUAA